AUGGCCGAAAGUAGGUACCAUAGCUUGCAGUCUUGGAGGCAGUUUGCAUGUUUUGAAACAUUUAAAGAAAUUUUAGACCUAAAUGAAAAGGUAGAUGCUCCCGAAGAGCCAUUUAAAUCAAAGUACGAAGCUCUAGAGUUAUUGUAUCGAUUACGUAAAGAAGUCGAGGACUUUUAUGAUGACAAUCAAGAAGCUUAUCCUGAUGCAAAGCAAAUUGCUGCUGUGUUGGAUUAUCAUAUAGGAGUUAUUCACUUGAUUACUGAAGAUAGAAGCACAGGACAGAGGCAUAUUAAAGCUUGUUUAGAAGCAUUGCGACCAUAUCGAUUAGAACCAGAUUUUUGUCUCGUUGUAAUGAAAGCCAAUUCUGAGAUGGGUAUUUUAUGGUGUGGUCGGUCAGAUUUUGCUAAAUCUCAGCAGUACUUAGAGGAAUGCGAUAAAUUAUACUCAGACUAUACUGCUGACGUCGGUAAUAGUCCCUACGACGAGAAAGAUUUAUUGUUACCGCCAGAAUUAAGGGCUGAUGACGUCAGCAGACACAAAAAAUUUGAAAGCAGUUAUACUCAUGCACUUUAUUAUUUGGCUCAAGUUUACACUAAACAAGAGAAUGAUAACCUUGCAGCUGAAUAUUGUCAUAAAACGCUGAGCCGCCAACUCGAAAGCAAAGAUUUUGACUCUCUGGAUUGGGCCAUUAAUUGCGCCACGUUAUCUGACUAUUAUACCUCUAAGCGUAACUGGAAUUUGGCUAGACAUUGCCUAGCAUGUGCUUCAGCGGUAAUCGGUGAAGACUGUAGAGUCCCUGACUCAGGGAUGACUGAAGAGGAACUCAGAGAGGAAAGUCAAGCGGAACUGGAUGAAAGAGAAAAAGUUUAUAAAAAACGUGCUGAAGUAGCAAGACUUUGGGCUAAAUAUGCCUUAGAAUUAUUUACGGAAUCACGAAAUGCAGUGGAAAAUCAUGGUGCUGAGAGUGUCCGUGAAUUACAUAUCUCGGACAAUCCUGAAGCAUCGCGUGACCGAAAGAAUAUUCUUUAUUUUGAUGGUUUGGAAACAACAUCGUAUGACGAAUCCAUUCCUGAUCAUUUAAUUGCUGACUUUGAUGAAGCUCGAAAGGUUUUUUUGACUGGAUUAAGGUGGUCAGAAAAGGCUAAGGACUUUUUUAUUUUGGAUGGACAUACAAGCGAUCAUGUUGAACUUGUACAACUACAGAGUAGACUUUACUUUAUUUUGGCUUUCUUUGAAAAAGACUUAGAAAGACAAUGUAAAAUGCAUAAACGCCGUGUAGACCUCCUGACCUCAAUCGAAAAAGAGUUAAAUCCACAGUUCUUUUUAACGGUUUGCCAGCAGUUAUGCUUCGAAAUUGGCGAAACAACUAACGAAAUGGUAACAUUAAAAAUUGCUAUAGGAAAUAGAGAGGAUGUUCCAUCUGUUCAUACUGUUAAAAAAAUUAAUAGCUUGAUUCAAAAUAGCGUCGAACAUUUUAAUAAGUUUAUCGGUUCAUUCGUUGAUCGUCGGACAGGAAAAUUACCAGAAACUAUUCAUGAUGAUUAUUUAAGACCUAUUUUAUUAGCAAAAUUCUAUUUAGCUCGCCUGUGGAAGAAAUAUAUCGCUAAAGAUACAAAAUCACAGAUGGAAUUCUUAUCAAAAAGUUUGCAGUGUUUGGAGUAUAUAGUUCAGUACGCUGAUGCACAUUCCGAUAUGCCAAAAGUAUUCGAGGACGAAUUGGUUGUAUCACGUGAAAUGGCACAUUUUCUACCUUAUGAAAUAUCUAAACUUGCGGAGCAACUGCAUUAG